GUCAACUUGGAAGUGCAUCCAUACUCUCAGGGCUGCGACUGCCCUAAUGCAAAUUUCCUCUAGAUACCACCGAUUUCCGCCGGCGAAGGUGCUUCCGCUUUUUACUCCUCGUCCAACAUGACGCAAAUCAGUUGGUAUCCAUAGUGUAUAGUUCAAGCAUGCCUACAGCUCCGUUAGGAUCUUCAACGUCCUCGAAACGCCGCAGUGGGGAAGAGAGCGGCACCGGAAAGCCCCCUCAGAAACGGCGUCGACGAGCAUUCUCCUGCCUAUCGUGCCAAAAAUUGAAGUGUAGAUGCGAGUAUGACACUGGUGCGCAGGGUUGUCAUCGUUGUCAAACCUUGAGAAUCGAGUGUUCUCUCCGCGGAGAAUAUGCAGUGACACCGUCUCAUCCCACACCUGCCGAGCAACUUAGUCCUAACGUCGAAGAAAGGCUUCAACGUUAUGAAGAUGAAUUGCGCGAGAUCAAAUCCAUGAUCAAGGAUCUGACACCAGGUGCUGGACCGCGGAAUGAUCGAACGCAGGCUGUUAGAGAUUAUACUCAUAAUAGCCAUGAACGUGUAUCAAAUACUCGGCAGGAGAGCCCAAGCCCCGAGUUUCUCUCAGUUCCUGCAGAUAAAGGGGCCCAAACUGCGCCCGUUGUUGUGUUGAGAUCGAUAUCACAGCAAAUAACGAGAGGAUGCAGAAGGUUGUUGAGACAUAUCAAUAUUGACCUCGUGCAGCUCCAGCUACUUGACGAACAGACCGUCAAUGAACUGAUCCAGCUCUUCUUUCGUUACCAAGGCCAUAACCUUCUUGUCUGUGGUAUUGAGGAUCUGUCUGCAAGCGAUGAGACCCGUAAAGUGUCAGACUUCCUACGCAGUGUUUGCUGUCUAAUCGGCGUGGUAUAUCGCGAUGAUAUAUGCGGUACAUCAAUACACAGGCAGAUUUACGAACAAGUGCGGAUCACUCUUGGACAAGCCCUCCUGUCUAGUCCAUUGAAUCUCGAAGAAAUCAAUGCCGUGCUAAUCAUGAGUAAUAAUGCGAAUAGUCCAAGCAGUAACGGCGUUGAAUAUGUCGAUAGCUGGCUGUUGACCGGCUAUUGUGCCAAGCAAGCAAUGCUCAGCAUCAGCUUCUCUAAGAUAAUUAACAAUAUCAAGGAAGGUAGUUUGACAACCGAAGACCACAAAGCCAUCCACCUGUGGUCUAAGAUAUGCCUCCACCAUCUUCAUUGGGCCGCAACGACGGGCAGGUCAUCAAUCAUACCGAUGCCGUACAUAGACCAGUGCAAUAUUCUGCUCAGUUUCUAUGAAGCUACUAUGCAAGAUGGGAUGCUUGUCGCCGAAAUAUUCUUGUAUUCAACGUUGCAUCAAAAGCUCGCGCAUCAAUCGUAUCUCGGGGAUGGGGGUGAAUGCAAAGAGUUUCUGGCGUGGAAAGAGAAAUGGAACCAUCUGCUAGGACUUUCAACUUCGUCAAUGUUGCGUAUUGGAUAUCAUGCUGCCUGUCUUAUUUUGGCCGUUAGAUCUCUUGAAGAAGUGGGCCAGGGGUUACGGCCUCGCGAGUUUCUUUCAGGAGCAGAUGGCAAUAAUGAUAAUGGAAGUGAUGACGAGAACGACGCCCCGUUACAUUCCCGACGAACUAAAGAAAAUGACGGUAAUAUUCUGAGAGCCAAUGCGUGUAAGUACGCCAUGGUAGUCUUGCAAACAUUCCUAGAAAUGCCGUCUUUCCUCAUGGAUGCGGUCCCAACUUGCUUAUGUCUCUGUAUUGGAUAUUGUGCCAUACUUCUCGCACACCACGAUGAAUCGCAGUCGAAGGUCUCGGAUCAAAUAAGUCUUGAUCUGAUCACGCGGAUUGAUCAAUGGAUUACCACGUCUCCCGGUAAGGCCUGGUCUUACAAGUACGGCACACUAGCCAAGCACAAGAUAGAGUCGCGGAUAAAUGGUGGCUUAACCUCAACAGUUUCUCAUCAACCUCGACAACCAUCAAUGAGAGCACGUGUUGAGGACCGGAACGGUUGCCAGGAUGAUAGAACUAGUGUACCGGCUGGGCUCGAUGGUCGAUGCGCUCGCAAGCCCACCCGUGAAGCCUCGGGGUACCACGCAAACGAGAUGUUCGGAUCAAGUGUUGAACCGCUUGAGUCUGAGUCGAUAUUUCAAUCGUUUGACAUGUCUGAUAAUGCGAUAUUUCCUAGUAUGGAAGAUUUCUUUGGCGGUGGCUUCUUGGACUUCGUGGGGUGAAGCCCAAAGGCGCACUUCUGACAUGCAUCCAACGAUUGAUAUCUCGUAGGAGCUAUAUAGGAAAAGAAAACAAUGAGACAGAUAUUAAUAAAUCGUGGG